AUGAAACACAAUUGUCCAAAAGGAAACAGAGGAGAUGUCACUGUGGUUAUCUGUCCGUUAUGCGCGAAAGGAGUUCGAUUAAACCCUGACGAAGAUCCAAACAUAACUUGGGAGAAACAUGUGAAUACAGAUUGUGAUCCAUCAAACUACGAAAAGACUGUCAAGAAGAAGAAAUGUCCUGUUCCAAGAUGCAGAGAAUCGCUAACAUUCUCUAACACUAUCAAAUGUCGAGAUUGUAGCAUCGAUCAUUGCUUGAAACAUCGGUUUGGACCUGAUCAUAGUUGUUCUGGACCGAAGAAACCUGAUUCGAGUUUCUCAUUCAUGGGUUUCUUGACUACAAACACAAAAGAAGCUCCUGCGUCUUCUUCAUCAUCUUCGAGAUGGUCUAGUCUUUUAUCUUCUGCAGAAGCGAGUUUUAGCAAGCUCGGUAACGAUAUUAGCCAGAAGUUACAGUUUUCGAGUGGAAGCGAUGGUAAUGUUGAGAAAACGCAGGAGAGGAAUGGAAAACAUAAUAGUGGUAAAGUUACGGUUGAUGUUUGUCCGAAAUGCAGCAGAGGGUUUCGUGAUCCGGUGGAUCUAUUGAAACAUAUCGAUAAGGAUCAUCGGGGUAAUUCUAAAGCUUAG